GAUUUUCUUUUCGCCGCAGCAUCCGCGCGCGGCACAAAAAAUAAGGCUCACAAGUGCGCGGCGCGCGGAGCAGAGCGGUCCAGCCCGAGAAGAAGAGGAAAAAGCGAGAGUGCGCCCGCCGCGCGAUCGGCAGUGAUGUGACAUGACACCCUUGCGCUUGUCGACGUCGUACUUGUGGUUGAUGCGACAAAGCGGACUGCCGCCUGUGACACUAUGUGGCUAGGGGCCCGCAAAGGUCCAGACAAAGCGAGAACCCUUCCGAGUCGCGGCCGCGUUUCCGACCUCAACUGGCACACCCGCCUCCUCUGUGUCCUGUGCGCCACCUUCCUGCUGCAAACCGUCGGCAAUCUCAGGGUGAUGUCUGGUGUGGUAGCUGCCAUGGCUGCAAAUGCGAUUUGCGACGGCACGCCCGGCCUGACGCCAAAGCAAAAGCAAAUGUGCAAAGCGACGCCGGACGCGUUCGCCGCGGUCAGCGAGGGCUCCAAACUGGGGCUGACGGAGUGCCAGUACCAGUUCCGCAACCACCGUUGGAACUGCUCCACAGCCAGAGGCAACACCACCUUCGGCCACGUCAUGAUCGUUGGAAGCAAAGAGGCAGCGUUCAGAUACGCAAUCGCAAGCGCCGGCAUCACUUACGCCGUGACGCAGGCGUGCAGCCAGGGCAACAUCUCCUUUUGCGGCUGCGCGACUACCUCAAAGGCCGACAUGGUGGCGGCCAACACGCCAAUCUCGGACGACGACCUGACGUCGUCGGCCGCUUGGAAGUGGGGUGGCUGCAGCCCCGACGUCAAGUUCGGAGUGCGUUUCUCGCGCAAGUUCGUCGACGCGCGCGAAAUCGAGCGCGACGAGAGAAGCCUCAUGAAUCUGCACAACAAUAAGGCUGGCCGAAAGGCAGUUAGAAUAAACCUUCAAACCGAGUGCAAGUGCCACGGCGUGUCGGGCAGCUGCACCCUGAAAACCUGCUGGGUGUUCCUUCCGCCGUUUCGCAAAAUCGGCGACCACUUGAAGAAGAAAUACCACAAGGCUCGAUACGUGCGGUCCACCACGCGCAACACCAACAAGCGUUCCGGGCCCAACAGCGUCUCCUCCGACCCCACCAUCCACAACAUGGACCUGGGCAGGUCGAAGGUGCCCUUUCUGGCCCUGCACAAGCCUGCCAGGGAUUCGUGGGCGCGGCAGCAGGGCGCCGUGAGGAGGUCGCCGCCGACGCUGCAACGGCCCAAGAGGGCCGAGUUGGUCUACCUGUACGAAUCGCCCAACUACUGCGAAAGAGAUUAUUCCAAGGACUCGCUCGGCACCUCCGGCCGCCUCUGCAACAGAACCUCCUCUGGUGCUGACAGUUGUUCGAAAUUGUGCUGCGACCGUGGCUACAACACGUACCAGUACAUCCGCACCGAGCGGUGUAGGUGCAAGUUCCACUGGUGUUGCUACGUCCAGUGCUCGGAGUGCACGGAGCGCGUCGAGGAGUACAGAUGCAAAUGAGGUUUUCCACCCCAUCAAAUCGAUCGACUGAAGUGAACUCUCUUCGUAUUGUGGGAGCGAGCAAACCCGUGUGAACUGACGAGAGAUUUGUUGUGUCUUUGCACGCCAAAAAUAAACUCUCACACACUUUAUUUAAUGAAAAUAAUAUUUAUACACUCAUGAACGUCAAAGGACGAGCCUUGUUUUGUAAAUUUUCGACUGCCAACGCUCUCCAGUGAAUGUUCUCGAGAAUUCCUGAAUGUGCAUUCCUGCUGGCUACGAUUUAAUAAAUUAACUCGCAAUUUUUCAUGCAUUUGUAAUCUCACAUUGAAUGUAUUCCAAUCGAUUUCUACUGCGUCUCUACUUACAAAAUGUGGCAAUAAUAAUUUCCCGUAAUUCAUAAACCUCGUCUCGCAAA